AUGGGCAUGGGCAAGACAUUUCAGGCAACGGUCUUGGCAUGUAUUUUCGUGCUUGCUGACCCGAGUUUUAUCGUCCACAUCGUUUGCCCUGCAGCUUUGAUGGAUCAAUGGCAAGCGGAGCUGCAGCAUGUAUUUGGUGCCGUCCCACCGGCAGUGAAGAUCUUGUCUAUGGACAGCAAGGAGAAGCCAUGUGCUUCUGGACUUUUGAUCCUCGAUGAGAUACACUUAAUUAAAAACAAACGGUCCAAGCGCUACAACCGAUUCCUGGAUUGGCCAUGCAGUCUUCGCUUAGGACUAACUGGGACUCCGAUUCAAAACGAUUUGGUGGAGUUUCUUGCAAUUGUGGCCUUGCUACGCCCCGGUCAAGAGAUUCCUGCUGUGAACCUCACUGUUGUACGUGACGCGCGAGAGCCAGGCGCGACAUUGGAGAAGAUCGGCGAAGCGGAAAAGCAGCUGUCUUCGUUGCAGGCCUUCACCUGCGACUUCAUGUUGCAGCGCGAGAUGGACAGCCAUGCACUGCCACGCAAGACGACGCACUUGGUUUUUUUGCCACUGCCGGAGCGCGUGAGAGUGCAAUACCAAAAGACCUUGGACGAAGCUUCUUCUGCUACAGCAAGGAAAUCGGCUUCCAUCGAGACUUUGGAGAACCUCAACAAAGUGCUGUAUUCGAUGACCAAUGGCAAUCCCAAGUUCGACUAUGUCAAGACGUGGCUUCGUGCGUGCGAAGGCAAAUGUGUCAUAUGCUCUUCUCGGCUUGAUGUGCUUGAAGCUUUGACGAAGCUGUUGGUGGAACUCGACGUGGAUUUUGCUUACUUCACUGGCACCCAGAAAGAUCGCGAAGAGCAUUUGAAAGCCUUUGCCAACCUGCCAUCAGUCAAGGUCUUGCUAUUGAGCAAAGGCUGCGGAGCAGCAGGGCUCAACCUCACGUCCGCAUCGCACAUGCUGCUGAUGGAACCAGCUUGGAAUCCCAGUCAAGAUGCCCAGGCGCAGGCGCGCGUGUGGCGUCUGGGGCAGAAACGACCGUGCUUCAUCACGCGGCUCAUUUUUGCCGGGUGCUUGGAGGAGAAGAUACUGCAACGGCAGACAUACAAGCGUGGUUUAUGGAAGCAAGAACUGGAAACGGCAGAUGUGGAACAGCGGCAGCUUCGAGACAUAUGGUUCUUCAAGCCAGAGACCAGCUGCGCAACUUGGGAAUCGCUGUCGAAUAAAGAGGGCGUGUACGCCGAGAUGCACGGCAUGACCUGGCAAGGUGUACAACUGGCAAGCUACUUCCACGUGCUGGUUAUCGACGGCUCCACCAUGACCUGUAGCAAUGCUAAUUGUCAUCUGCGAGCAUCCAAGAAGAACAUCUACCUGUACAGAGGAUCGGGUAAAUUUGCUUCGAACUGCCCGAUUCCUGCGGCUGCGGCCGCAAAAGCCGCUGCAGCAAAGGCCGCUGCAGCGAGAGCCUAA